UACGUAUAUGGAUUUAACAACAAAAUCUGCUACUUGAACAAAUGUCGAUAAAAUGAACUAUGAACAAGUGUUUCACCCUCGGUCAGCACAAGGCCAGUCACAUCUGUGUUUAUAUAGUCUUUAUUAAGGUUCCAUUUGAAUUUCAUCGGCUCAUGUGACUAAAUAGCGACAGGAGAAUUCUGACCAGUGAGGGCCGUUUCGUAUCAGUGUUUAAACUGAAGACAAAUAAUCUAGAGAAGAUCACUGAUCGUCACUCAGUCGUGUGUGAAAGAUCUUCCUAUAAAAAAAUAUGUCGUCCAACGGGAACAGAACAAUUGUCAUAGCAAUGGACGGAAGUGAGCAUGCGGAUUACGCCUUUCAUUGGUACGUGAAGAAUGCUUACAGAGAGGGAGACAAGGUCGUCAUAGUGUUCUGUGCCGAAUACAAUAGCAUAGCAAGUCAACCACUGACCCUGAUGUCUGUAGACAAAAACCUAAUAACGAACCUGAUAGAUGGCGAGGAGAAGAAAGUUAAAGACUUAGCCUCCAAGUUUGAAUCCUUAGUACUCAAGUACAAGAUAGAAGGUAAAAUUGUUCGAGUCAACGGAGAACCAGGACCUGGUAUAGUGAAGGUGGCAGAAGAGGAGAAAGCGGCCAUGAUUGUGACAGGAACACGUGGUCUCGGUAAAAUCCGUCGGAAGUUGCUCGGUAGUGUCAGUGAGUACAUUCUACAUCACUCACCAGUUCCGGUGAUGGUGUGUCGGCAAAAAGAAUGAACAGAAACUUAAAGAAAUCCACUGCCUUAAAUAUGAAUUUUAAUAGAAUGCAAAAUGUGAUUAUGUGUAUCCAAGACAAUUUGGUGGAAAGAAGAGAGAAUUUUGGAGAUAAACACCACUGAUUGGAAUAUUGGAGUUAUUCUUAAACACCCGACAUGGAAAACACAAAAUAUAUACUGAUGGCAAUGUGUUGAAACACCAGGGUGCCAAACCUAUAUAAUGCUUUCAUAUUCAUAUAGGUUUUCAGGAAUAUCUGUUUUCUGUUACAAUGCCUUGAUUACUUGUUUUAAAGGUAUACAUAUAUUUUUAUAUUGAUGAUUAUAUUUAUAUAAUGAAAUUAAGGUAUAUAAAAUAUUAUGUGAAUUCC